AAAACUCUAUUACAGUCCAUUUUCUUAUAACGGUCUGGCAUUUGCACACUUUUACCUCUCAUCGCCACCCAAAAAAAGAACACUAACGCAGACAUGAACAGAACUAUCUUCCAGCUUUUGGCCGUGACUCUGUGCUUCGCUGCAGUCCAGGCGCUGCAGUGCUACAAUUGUAAGGUGGGCUUCUGGAACCUGUGCAUCACCUCAAAGGUCACCUGCAACUCUGGAGAGCAGUGCUUCAGCGGCAGAGGGAAAGCAGCUGGGUUUAUGGACAUCUCUAUGAAGGGAUGCCUGGCUAUUGCCGAUUGCAACAAAACCUCCACCGUCACCUUCCCCUCGUCCGGAAACACCACGGUCUACCAAAUGACCAAGACCUGCUGCAACACCGACCUGUGCAACAGCGCCCCCACUACUCUCCCCGGGGCACUGCAGCUUACCCUGGCCUCUGUCGCCGCUGUGUUCGCUGCAAACGCCCUGUUUUAAUCCCCAACCUCAGAAUGCACCAAUGUCACUGUCUAUCUCCAUACACACAAACACACACACAAGCCUCAUAAAGGGAUCUAGACUACACUGGCUAUGGUCACAUGUACACCCAAAAUGAGAGCAUUAUCAGAUGUUUGGAGUUCUAAAUCUGUUAAAAUUAAAUGUAAACUGCAAAAUACAAAUAUUUCUUUCUGAAUAUGCUCAGUCGGAUUAUUUGCAUCAAAUCUUGUAGUUUGCAUGCCAUUUAAAUAAACUUAAAGAUCCAGAAAUAAGAUUUUUCUUUCUUUUUUUAUUUUAAUCAGCUUUUGGUGUGCAUGUGAACAAAGCCACUGAGGACUUGCAAUGAAUCUUAGACAUUUGUCAUAUAUGAGAGAAUACAUUGAAUGAUGCCAAAAAUUUUUUUAAGUCUAAGUCACCUAAGAUGAAUUGUCAAUUGAUGCUUGAAGAUUCACAGUGUAACAAACUAUGAAUACUUGUAAGCAUAAAGUAUGCCCAAAAAACAACCUAUGAAUAUUUAUAAUUAGGGCUGUUGUCAUUUAGUCGGUUAAUCCUUUUUAAUUGACUCAAAUUUGUAUUUGAUUUUAAGGAUUUAUAUGUGACAACAGCAGAAAGGAGAAGUUACCAGGAGAUUUGCUUUGCUUUGGUAUUUAUUGGUGGUUUUCAGAUUUUAGAAUGUAACCACGUCAUAAUUUUACAUUGAAAUAUCCAAAAGUUAAAUGCAUACAUGUUGAACCUGAUUGUUUCUAUUAAUGACUAGACCCAAGAAUUUUGUGUAUUAUAGAAUGAAUCUCCAUUUUAGCUAUUUUAAUUUUAGCCGCUCCUCAUCUCUAAUGAAUAAUAUUGAUCUAUAGAAUGCAGGGAUGUCAACUGAAACCUAGUGAUGUGUAAAAAGACAGAUUAAACUCAUGAUUCACAAAUUCAAUCUGUCUUUAUAUAAAUAUAUUUAAAUAUCCUUUUUUUUUUUUUAAUAAAUGUUUUUGUAUGAACUUCUGCACAGGUGUAGUCUUGUGAAUAGUUAGACUAGCACGACUUAUGACCCAUAGUAUCUGUAAAACCAUAUUUUUACACUUAAAACAAUUCUAAAAUUACAAUAUGAUCAUGUCACUGUUUUAAGAUUCACAAUGUUACAAAACACAAAGCCAUAGUAGACUAGUAUCUGCAUGAUGAUGUAACCCUAAACAUUAAUUUGUUUGUCCAAAGAUUUUUUUUUUUUAAUCCACACUUCUCGUGUUUGCCAAUCUGACUAUUAUUAGUGAUUUAGUCCAUCAAAUAUUUAGAGAAUAGUUUUCUCCUAGUAAUAAAAAGCUAAAAUGUGUUCUUCAUUGGUGCAUCCUCAAUCAUGUUAAGCUCUUCUAAAUGGUCUUAAAUAUAUUUAUCUGAAUUGUUUUUACCAAUUCUUUAUUUCUUGUUUUAUUGGUUUAAAAAGUAGAAUGCCAUUUUGUUAAAUCCAUUUCAAAUUGUGCCAUCUUUUUUGCAAACAUCUGAUUUGUUUUUCAAUUAUGAAUUUACUUUUGUAAAUAAACAUGGGGUAAAAUUUAGCUAAAUUUUACACAUAAAGUCUAGUCUCUGCCUCAUGAUAAUAUUUUGUAUUUGAAAUGGCAGUGGAUUUGAAUGACUCAUUGUUCUGAAUAUUCAUUUUGUUUAAUUGGAGUUUUAAUAAAGACCAAACUGGGA